CCCCCUCCCCCGCUCGGCCUGGGCCGGCCCCGCCCGCCGCAGGUGCGCCCCCGCCGCGGGCAGCGCGGAGCCGGCCCGGCCCAGCCCGGCAGCACCGCACCGCACCGCACCACACCGCCGGGCUCCAUGGGGCUCCGUGGGGCAGUUGUGCUGCUGCCGCUGCUGCUGCUGGUGGUUCCCCUGGCGCGGCCACUGCUGCUCCCCGAUGUGGAUGAAUGUGCUGAUGGGACAGAUGACUGCCAUCCAGAUGCUAUUUGUCAAAACACCCCAAAGCUGUACAAGUGCACGUGCAAACUGGGUUACAGUGGUGAAGGGAAGACAUGUAAAGACAUUGAUGAAUGUGAUAACGACUUCAAUGGAGGCUGCGUACAUGAAUGUUUCAACAUUCCAGGAAAUUAUCGCUGUACGUGUUAUGAUGGCUUCAUGUUGGCUCAUGAUGGCCAUAAUUGUCUCGAUAUGGAUGAAUGUAUGUUCAACAAUGGUGGCUGCCAGCACAUCUGUGUCAAUACAGUGGGGAGCUAUGAAUGUCGAUGUAAGGAAGGAUUCUUUCUUAGUGACAACCAGCAUACGUGUAUUCACCGCUCUGAAGAAGGCAUGAACUGCAUGAAUAAAGAUCAUGGCUGCGCCCAUAUCUGCAGAGAAACACCAAAAGGAGGAGUGGCAUGUGAAUGCAGGCCUGGAUUUGAGCUGGCCAAGAACCAGAGGGACUGCAUUUUGACCUGCAUUCAUGGAAAUGGAGGGUGUCAGCAUACAUGUGAGGAUGCUGUUGAUGGGCCCGUUUGUGGAUGUCAUCCAAAGUACAUAAUGCAGUUGGAUGGGAAAACCUGCCUUGCGAGAGAGGAGACUGUGGUGGAGAUCUCUGAAAGCAAUGCCACAGGAGGAACUGAUGUGGACAAACGGGUGAAACGGCGACUCCUCAUGGAAACCUGUGCUGUCAAUAAUGGCGGUUGCGACCGCACAUGUAAAGAUACCUCAACUGGAGUUCAUUGCAGCUGUCCUGUUGGAUUUACACUCCAGCUGGAUGGGAAGACCUGCAAAGAUAUAGAUGAAUGCCAGGCCAAUAAUGGAGGCUGUCAUCAUUUUUGUAAAAACACUGUUGGCAGUUUUGAUUGCAGCUGCAAAAAAGGAUUUAAAUUAUUGACAGAUGAGAAGUCCUGUCAAGACAUUGAUGAAUGUUCUUUUGAAAGGACAUGUGACCACACGUGCAUCAAUCAUCCAGGCACUUUUGAGUGUUCUUGUAACAAAGGAUACACUCUCUACGGCUUCACACAUUGUGGAGAUAUUAAUGAAUGUAGUAUCAACAAUGGAGGAUGUCAACAGACCUGCAUGAAUACAUUAGGAGAUUAUGAAUGUCAGUGUCACUCCAACCAGAAAUUGCACUGGAAUAAGAAAGACUGCGUUGAAGGGUCCUUGCCUGAUAUGUCACCCAAAGUAUUGCUGCGCUGCACUAAAAGUGGUGGCAAUGAUGGGUGCAUCUUAAGCUGUCCCUCGGAUGUCCAUGUUAUUUCUGGAAUACAAGAGACCUACACUCUCACCUGUGGCAGCUCCUCUCCGCCUAAGAAAAAGCAACAAAGUACAAAUGAAUCUACUUGGCUUGAUACCUCAGCUAUCAAGAUAAGUGUAACCUUUAAAUUUAAUGAAGGAAAAUGUAGUUUGAAAAAGACUGAGAUGUUUCAAGAAGGUCUGCAGCAAAUUAUAUCAGAGAAACAUAACUCAGUAACGGAGAGCUUCUACUAUGUAAACCUAACAUGCAGCUCUGGCAAGAAAGUUCACGGAGCCUUCAACAGACUGGCGGCAGCUAAAGAAAUGUUUAUCACUGCGGAUUUUGAGCUUGAAACAAACCAAAAGGAGGUGACAGACAUGUGUGAUCUGCGCUGUGCACGAAAACGGACUGAGAAGAGACUGCGCAAAACCAUUCGAACCUUGCGGAAGGCAAUCAACAAGGAGCAGUUCCAUGUUCGCCUCUCUGGCAUAGACCAUGAAGUGGUCAGAAAGUCUGUGAAGCUCUCAGAUCCACCAGAGUUCUGCAGUUUGGGACAAGUACGUGUGGAGAACAGAUGUGUUAGCUGCAGUGUUGGAAGGUACUACGAUGGUGAACAAGACCGCUGUGUUUUAUGCCCUAAUGGAACUUACCAGGAUGAAGAAGGACAAAUUACUUGUGAACCCUGCCCAAGUCCUCAUAACCCUGGAAACCAAAAAUUAGCUGGAGCUUGCAAUAUAUCUGAAUGUGGAGAUCAGUGUUUGCCUGGUGAAUAUUCCACUGAUGGCUUCAAACCCUGCCUGCCAUGUCCCCGUGGCACAUACCAACCUGAAGCUGGACGGACUUCCUGCUUUUCAUGUGGAGGUGGCCUGACCACAAGAUACAACGGUGCACCAUUGUUUCAUGACUGUGAAACUAAAGUUCAGUGUUCUCCUGGCCAUUUUUACAAUACGACAACUCACCGGUGUAUUCGCUGUACAACUGGGACAUACCAACCCGAGUUUGGUCAGAAUUAUUGUAUUUCAUGCCCUGGAAACACCACUACUGAUUUUGAUGGUUCAACAAACAUAACACAGUGUAAAAAUAGGCACUGUGGAGGUGAACUUGGAGAUUUCACUGGAUAUAUUGAAUCCCCAAACUAUCCUGGGGAUUAUCCUGCAAACACAGAAUGUACUUGGAGUAUUAAUCCACCUCCUAAGCGUCGCAUUCUGAUUGUGGUUCCAGAAAUAUUUCUACCCAUAGAAGAUGAAUGUGGAGACUACUUGGUGAUGCGAAAGAGUUCUUCUUCUAAUUCUGUGACCACCUAUGAAACCUGCCAGACCUAUGAGCGCCCUAUAGCUUUCACUUCCAGGUCUAAAAAAUUGUGGAUCCAGUUCAAGUCAAAUGAAGGGAAUAGUGCCAAAGGAUUCCAAGUCCCUUAUGUAACAUAUGAUGAGGAUUACCAGGAGCUAAUAGAGGACAUAGUUCGGGAUGGGAGACUCUAUGCAUCUGAAAAUCAUCAAGAGAUACUUAAGGAUAAGAAGCUGAUCAAGGCAUUGUUUGACGUCUUGGCCCAUCCACAGAACUACUUCAAGUACACAGCACAAGAGUCCAGAGAAAUGUUCCCAAGAUCCUUUAUUCGACUGCUGCGCUCUAAAGUUUCCAGAUUUUUAAGGCCUUACAAGUAGCUGACAUAAAACUUUGAACACAAAGGAGCCCUUAAGUAUGUGGCACGGGAUUGCGGUGGGUGGAGCUGUGCCUCAGUAUUCUGUACCCUGGCAGAGAGACUCUAAGGAAGCUCUCGGUUUACCUCUUCAGAGAAUUUAACUUUCACAGCUAGCAUAAAUAUUUUGGUAAGCAGCAUUUGAUUCCCUUCCAGAGAAUCCCUCUCAGGUCAUAAGUUGCUCUACGGGGUAAGUGUCUGAUGGAUUUAAAGACUGACGAUGUCUUCUGUAAUCAGAUGAUACUAGACAUGAAGUCUGCAGAGCUCUACCUUGGUUGCUGCAUCAGUAACACUAAAACUAAUAAGAAUGGACAAGCGAAGUGCUAUGGGUGCAGGGUGAGCUCUGGGCUGUAAUUAAAGUUGUCACCUCUAGAAAACUGGACUUGGAUUCAGUCUGGGUGAAAGUGAAAAUGAGUUUGAGGUCUCUCAAGCUUUGCUAGACAGGAAAUUGGGAUUUGAAAUGGCCCAAUCCAGUGAGGUGAUGUAUUAUACAAGGUGUAGUUUUCUCUUCUUACCCUGUAUUGUACUAAACAUAGUAGAAUAAGCAGUGUGAGAUUGCAGCCUGAACUCCAUGGAUCUGAUCUGCUGCAUUUCUCUGGAUUCAUGCUGGGAUCUCUCUGUUGGUUUCAGGGGGGUUAGUCCAAUGUAUACCUAGAGCACCACAGUAGUGAAGCAGACUUUGACCAUGCUGAUCCACCAGCCAUUUCCCUUGCAUGAACAGGCACUACAGCUGCUGGAGUUGCUGCAGCCAGAUUUGGCAGUUUGGCAAUACAGCCGCUUGUCUCUGCUAGAUGUUAGUAGGUUUUCCGUGUACUUCAGCUGUGGGCAGUAAAGAGAUUUUGGCCUUGUGAAAAUGGAAGGGUAAAAAUGUUCAGAAAUGCUCACGUGCAGUGAAGUGCCUAAACCCCAUUUUGAAUACUCAUGUCACUUGCAAACUAACCUCUCACACAUAACUGUUCAUGUCUAUCCUAAGGUAUUUCUAUGGCCUGCAUUACAAUAGUAUUUUAGCACUUCAUAUCAUUUCCGUAAAGAGGGGAAGUACCUGUUAUCCCUCUCUUCCAGGAGCUAAGGCACAGAGUAGUCACAGAUGAAAUCCUUGGCAGCACAACCCUUGUCUCCAGGGUACCUAGGCUACUGGCCUGAUCACUGGGCUAUUUUUUCUACAUGCUGGGUAGCUAUGGAGAGUUAACUCAGUUGCUUGAAGUAUUGCAGAGUGCCUUUCUGUUCAGAGGUUAAAAAAUACAUUGUAAUCCUGAGGUGGUAUGCCUGGUUUCGUCAGUAGAACGUGUUGCCUUUCCUCUAUGGGGGAACCAUGCCUAAAUUCCUGUAGUUCCAAGAUGGCCCCUGUAUCAGUCUGUCUCUACAGAUUAGUCACUGGGAAUGCUGGAAGUAUGAAGCAGUAAGCCUAAUGUUUUUACUAGAUGCCCCUUUAUGAUCCCUGUAAGCUGAAGUUGUGCAGUGUUAUCAUAAGGAGGGCCUUUAAAUACUAGAGUUUGGCACCAAAGAACCACCCACCCAGGCAAUACUAACACUUUUUUGGUUUAAUUGAAUUAGUGUGCAGUAUUUAACUGCUGUAUAAUGCCCUCUUCAGAGAAUGACUGAUGAAUCUAGCAUACAAAGCUACGAAGUUUUAGAUCUCGUAUUUGCUUAGCAAAAGAAAACAUCACUGGAAGCCCUGCAACAUACAGAACUCCUGGUGCCCAGGUGCAGGAUGCCAGGGAGAUGGAAUUGUAUUACUCUUCCCUGCGAGACUUCAAGGCCUGGUCCUGGCCUCCUGGCCAUGCUAAUAGAGCCCACCAUGACAGUUUUUAUUGUGGCUUAGAUAUGUUAUCAGGGGAAAUGCACCAAAUUUAUUUUUAGUCUUCCCAUAUAACUGACACAUACUUACACUGAUAAAAGAGUUCAGUUGUAUUUCCAAGGAAGACUUAAAACAGAAUUAUUGAUUUCAAUGAGGGACCAAAAAAAAAAAGUUGCGAAACAUCCACAUGUUGUAUGUUAGUGAAUGUGAACCUGGUUCCUCUGCACGGUAAAGCCAGUGGAAGGGCACCCAUUGGCUUCAAUGAGAAUUGGAUCAGCCCAAGUGCUACUCAUAUUAUAUGCCAGUAAAUUUUCUAGUUCCUCAUUUCUUACUUAUGACUUAUACGGUAAAUCUCAGAUGCAAUAUUCUACUUCUCCUAGCCACAUGGAGCACUUCACUACACCUUCAGUGUUACCUUUGUCCUCACUGUUAUGAGCAAUGUUUCCCUUUCUGGUCCACAAUAUACAGUGCCGAAUGACAAGGGAACUUUUUCCUUUAGGAAUCACUUUUACCACCUAAAUUUAGGGAGAAAUAAUUACUAAAUCAGUGGAAUAAUGCUUGGGAUAGUAACCCCGUAGUGAUGGUAGUAGGUCUGUAUGUUGCUAUAGAAAUUGAAUUUGAGUUUCUACAUCAUGUAUGUACUACAUCAUGUUUGUAGACUAUAACUUUUUUAUUUUUUUGGCCAGAGAGAAUUCAGAAAAUGAUUAACCCUAUAAAACAGGAUUUAACUUUAAAGACUAAUUAUUAGCACUAACUAAAUGCCUAAUAUCACUUACAUGAACUGAAUUCAUGAGGAUUACUUUCAUGACUGUAAAUUCUGUAAAAAGUUUCAGAUUGUUACGUGAUACUCUUAAUAAGAGAAAUAAAGCAGUGACUUUUUAGUUGCACAAGAAGAAUAUUGGAUAUGUUUUUAGUUUUCUUUUAUGCUUGAAACAAUAAUUUUUAAGCUGCGAUAUACAGCCUGAUGAUCGUAAGCCCUGCAGGGCAGGGAGUGUCUCUCUCUAGUAUCCUUGAACAGCCCAGAAUGAUAUGGGCUUAAGUCCUGUUCUGGACAUUGAGGUGCUACAUAAAUAUUUUCUACUAAGCAUACAGAAAACAAGAUCUGCACCUGCUAUAAAUUCAAAUGAUAGGAAUUGAUUGCUCACACUGAGGGCUGUACAGUAGGUCAUCCCAUAUGAGAUAGACUUUCUGUCCUGCAAAUGUGGGCUACCCUGCACACACAUUAUAUAAAGUUAUACAUAUUGCUGGAGAACCUGAGACCUGCAUAUCUUUGUGUUAAAUAUUAGAAUCUGAUGAUAAAAAAAUUGAGGUUUUAUUUUGAACUGACUCACAUGUGGACAUCAUAAAGAAUUGGGUGAAGAACUCAAAGGUAGGACACAAAAUGAACUACGUACAAUGACUAUGAUGCAUUUUACUGUUGUUUGGAAUCAACUGAACAAACAGCUUAUUUAGCCUAAAAAUAUUACAAGGUGAAUAUCUGCUAGCUAAAUUAAUAAAGGCCAGUCAAUUUCUAUAAUAUAGAUUGCGCUAAAUUUGAAUUUAUUAAAGCUGCUGAAAAUAGUAUAAUUGACUUCAAAGGAUCCAACAGGUCAUUUAGGUAAAAAAACAGACAUUAAAUCAGAAUAAAACUACUGUCUCUCCCUAGUUUUAAAUGAAAUUUUAAGGGAAACUUCCUAAUGAUAGGAACAUUAGGAGAGUGGAACAAGCUGCAUAGAGAAGUUGUUGAAUCUCUCUCUGGAGGCUUUUAAGAAGGCAUCUGUCCAGGAUGGUCUAAGAACAAUGAAUCCUGCAUCUGUUCAUGGGAUUGCACUGGAUGGUUCCUGAUGUUCCUUUCAAACCUAUGAUUUUAUACUGAACUGUGAGUAUAUUUGUUGUGUUUGGUUUGUUACAUUUUAAUAAAAAUAAUCCAUAUACUGUA